UCCGACAGUGAAGGACACAGAAAGAGGAGAGAUUGUGCAGCAGUGCAGCGCAGGAAUAAUUAACUGAAUUAAAAUGGCAAAGAAGCUGGAGAAAAGCCUCACCCUGUCAUCUGUUUGACUGAAUAGUUGGAUAAAGCUGACAAGGAGGUACAACAGGAAUUAAAGCAGGAAGGGGAGGAGGUGCCAGAGGUCCGUCCAUGCUUAUUUCUCCUCUCGCACCGUCCGCCUGAGGAGCUUUGCUGCUGAUGGUGUCACUGCGACAGCGCUCAGUGAGGGAGCUGUGUGAGCGCGCUGGUGUGUCUGUUUAAAUAUCAACAGCUGAGAGUUCAUCUAUCAGGUGGAUGUGGAGUAAAUCUAGGAUUUGUGAGCUGGAAGAGUUUCGUUCAGGUGUCAGUUGAACAUUCCCUCUUCCCUUUUUUCCUUUGGUGCAUUCGUCAGUACGAGAAGCUUUGCCUGUUUGAUCAGGAACUGCUGCUGCGCUCUGUUUCCCCCUUUCCUACCUUGCUGUUCUUCAACACUCUACCGGCUUUUUAGUAACUGUUCUGGGACUACAAUUGGCGGUCUGGUUCGGUGGCUCCCCCACAGACAGAAAAAGCAUAUGGAUGCCACUGCGUCUUAUACAUCGUUACCCAAUAUGCCAGAAGCCUGAAUCCUUAGGAGGACUCCACUGCUUAGGCUUCCAACCACAGUUGAUGCCUGCUGCCAUUCAGCCAACCCACACAUCAUCUUUGGCAGAUCCAUGUUGACUCUAUCUGUUCAAAGACUCAGUAAUCUCCAGCUGCUUCUUUGAGGACAUCAAAACGAGAAAGGAAAAGUGGAAAAAAAAAAAUUGCUGGGGUUUGAAAAUCUUGCUCCUCUGAUGAAUUUCCUUUUUUUUUCCCGGAUUCUGAUUCUGUGAAGUGAAAAAACCUGAACUGACACCAACCCUAAGCCUUGACACAGCGGGUGAAAUGUAAUUGAAAAAAACAAAAAUAUUGGACACUUCUUCCAACGAGCCUCCCCGCGGUGCUGAGUCACAGAAGGUGACAUGCGUCUCAUCCUACCAUGUAGCCACAACAACUAGAGGAAGCCUCCCAGAAACUUUUCUUCCAAACACUCAGCUAUUUUUAACAAGCUGAUACACAACACUGAGUCAAUCAGCUGAGAGGAGACUGGGUUAUUAUCAGCCUGUGCACGUCCUAUUUACAUCUUUAAUCUUUGUUUUCUGAGUAAUUAUCUUUUUAAUUAAUGGAGACAGAGGCGUGAAUUUCUCCCUGCCACCUUUUUCAGCUCUUUCCCUUUUCACCGCUGCUAGAGACACCUGAAACCAAUUAACUACAACUGAUCUAGUUGUAUUAAACACGAGAAGAGCUGAAGUGAUUAGAUGUAAAUACAAAGAGAGUAAAAGGCGACCAACAACAAAUCAAGACCAAGAGAACGGAGAGGGUGAAAGAGAACCCGCCGGUCAACCGGGUAUUUGAUAAAAGGGAGGAUCAGAAGCCAGUGGAUGAUAUGGCCAGAUUAAGGUGCCAACACGCUAAGAUAAUAACUAGUUGUGAGUCAGUGGGGAAGAUUGACUGCAGGAGCCCAGAGUCUUGACUGACAGGCAAAGGACUCAUUGCCAUUCUUUGUGCUGUGUGAAGCAAAGCAUCACAGAGAGGGAGAGGAGAAACUCCUGGCUGGCUGCCACAAUCAGGGCCAAUUAGGAGAAUUUGAUUAUAUGCCUUAAUCUUGGCAGUCAGGUGGAAAAGCAGUCAGACAGAGAAAGAGGAGGCUGAGCAGGUGCCACCGAUACACACCAUUAUCUUCGUCCAUCUCUAAUUGAGUUUGUUUCUGCCCCUGUGAGUGUCUCAUCUCCAAACAAGAGUUUUAAGUGGUGGAGGUUCCUCAAGAGAAAACAGGAAAAGAGGGAGAAAAAAACACUUUGUGUUUUCCUUCAGAGAUGUACAAGGACUGUUUUCUAUCUCCCUCAUCUCUUUAAACCUAUUUUCCAUCCGUCCCUCAAGAUUUAUCAUCCCAUCAUGGACUUGUCCUUUCUGGAAGUUUCCCUGCAGCUUCCUCUAUCUCCAUAUUGAGCCUGAGAUAAAAGCAAGACAUAGGCAUAGAAGGGAAAAGAAGCAGCAAGGUACUGAAUCCGUGGAGGACAGAGCAGACUUUAUUUCCUUCCUCAAUCUCAGACACCCCGAGGCUCCUGCCAAGUGUCCCCAAAGCUGCACUUCCUCUUUUUUAAAUUUCCUCGUCUCCCUCGGAGCCCGUUUCCCUGCUCCCCUCCUUGUGGAUCAUACGCUCCAUCCUGGACCUCACCAAGAUUAAAGUGGCCCCAGUUAUCCGAGGAAAUCCUUUGAUAUCGGCUCCCAGUGUUGUCAUCAUAAUUCUGUGGCGGUACAGGCAGCCAGCAGACCAUUCUCCAUGAGGAGCAGUGGAAGAUGCCGGCUCUGCCAGCACUGCUGCUGUCGAUUUAUGUUGUCGUCCUGCUGCUGACUAUGGCACCCCUCUUCUUCAGCCAGGCCAACACCCUCUCUGCUGUCCGGAUGGCGGCCAUUUUGGAUGACCAGUCUGUGUGUGGUCGUGGUGAGCGUCUGGCUCUGGCUCUGGCCAGGGAGAACAUUAACAAUCAGAUGGAGGGUUCUGCCCAGGCCAGGGUAGAGGUGGAUGUCUACGAGCUACAGAAGGAUUCCCAGUACGACACCACCGACACCAUGUGCCAGAUCCUGCCUAAGGGCGUGGUCUCAGUGAUCGGCCCUGCCUCCAGUCCCGCCUCUGGGUCGACAAUCAGUCACAUCUGUGGGGAGAAAGAGAUUCCUCAUGUGAAGAUCGGCCCUGAAGAAACCCCAAAACUGCCAUACCUGCGCUUUGCCUCGGUGACUCUCUACCCGAGUAACGAAGACCUCAGCCUGGCCAUCGGAUCCAUCCUGCAGUCCUUUGGCUACCCAACAGCUAGCCUCAUUUGUGCUAAAGCAGAGUGCCUGCUCCGAUUAGAGGAGCUUGUUCGCCACUUUCUUAUCUCCAGAGAGACACUGUCGGUGCGAAUGCUGGAUGAAAGUCUGGAUCCCACCCCUUUACUGAAGGAGAUCCGUGAUGACAAAGUGGCUACCAUCAUCAUCGAUGCUAAUGCCUCUAUAUCUUAUCAUAUUCUCAGGAAGGCUAAUGAGCUGGGGAUGAUGUCAGCCUUCUACAAGUACAUUCUCACCACCAUGGAUUUCCCUCUGCUCCAGCUAGAUGAUGUGGUGGGUGACCAGUCCAACAUCGUUGGUUUCUCCAUGUUGAACAUUUCCCAUCCUUUCUACCUGGAUUUCAUCAGGAGCCUGAACUUGUCGUGGAAAGAAGGGUGCAACAUCAACCCAUACCCAGGACCUGCGCUGUCAUCCGCCCUGAUGUUUGAUGCUGUUCACGUGGUGGUGGGCGCCGUGCGGGAGCUGAACCGCAGUCAGGAGAUUGGCGUGAAGCCACUGAGCUGCACCUCCCCCCUCAUCUGGCAACAUGGGACCAGCCUCAUGAACUACCUACGCAUGGUAGAAUAUGACGGUCUGACAGGCCACAUUGAGUUCAACAGUAAAGGACAGAGGACCAACUACACUCUGAAGAUCUUGGAGAAACACCCUGCAGGCCAUAAAGAAAUUGGCACUUGGUAUUCCAACAACACAUUGGCAAUGAACUCAACUUCCUUGGACCUCAAUGCCUCAGAAACACUAGCUAACAAGUCCUUAAUUGUCACCACUAUCCUGGAAAACCCAUAUGUAAUGCGCAAGUCCAAUUAUCAGGUUUUCCAAGGAAAUGAUCAGUACGAAGGUUUUUGUGUGGACAUGCUGAGGGAGCUGGCAGACAUCCUGAAGUUCUCCUUCAAGAUUAAACUAGUGGAUGAUGGGUUAUAUGGAGCACCUGAACCUAAUGGCAGCUGGACCGGCAUGGUGGGGGAGUUGAUCAACAGGAAAGCUGACCUGGCCGUCGCCGGCUUCACCAUCACCUCAGAGAGGGAGAAGGUAAUUGAUUUCUCCAAGCCAUUCAUGACUCUGGGAAUCAGCAUCCUCUACCAAGUGCAUCUGGCUCGAAAACCGGGUUACUUUUCCUUUCUCGACCCGUUUUCUCCUGCUGUUUGGCUUUUCAUGCUGCUGGCCUACCUUGCUGUCAGCUGUGUUCUCUUCCUCGCCGCCAGGCUCAGUCCUUAUGAGUGGUACAACCCUCACCCAUGUUUACGGGAGCGGCGGGACAUCCUGGAGAACCAGUACACACUGGGAAACAGUCUGUGGUUCCCAGUUGGAGGCUUCAUGCAGCAAGGCUCAGAGAUUAUGCCGCGGGCCCUGUCCACCCGCUGCGUCAGCGGAGUCUGGUGGGCGUUCACUCUCAUCAUAAUCUCUUCCUACACGGCCAACCUGGCGGCGUUUCUCACCGUACAGAGAAUGGAGGUGCCGAUCGAGUCUCCCGACGACCUGGCAGACCAAACCAACAUCCAAUAUGGCACCAUACAUGGAGGGUCCACCAUGACCUUCUUCAUGAACUCGCGGUACCAGACGUACCAGCGAAUGUGGAACUACAUGAAGUCCAAGCAGCCCAGUGUGUUUGUGAAGAGCACAGAAGAAGGUAUCGCCCGUGUCCUCAAUUCCAAGUACGCCUUCCUGAUGGAGAGCACCAUGAACGAGUAUUACCGCAGCCUGAACUGCAACCUCACGCAGAUAGGAGGACUGCUGGACACAAAGGGAUACGGCAUCGGCAUGCCGCUGGGCUCUCCUUACCGAGAUGAGAUCACGCUGGGGAUUCUGCAGCUGCAGGAGAGCAACAGGCUGGAGAUUCUGAAGAGGCGCUGGUGGGAGGGAGGCCAGUGUCCUAAAGAGGAGGACCACCGAGCCAAAGGUCUCGGCAUGGAGAAUAUUGGCGGGAUCUUUGUAGUUCUGAUUUGUGGCCUGAUCGUAGCUGUGUUUGUGGCCAUCAUGGAGUUUGUGUGGUCAACUCGCCGCACUGCUGAGACAGGCGAGGUCUCUGUUUGUCAGGAGAUGUUGACAGAGUUUCGAAAUGCAGUUUCUUGUAAGAAAAGUUCCCGGGCCCGUCGGCGCCGCCCCCUGAGCAGUGCUGGGAGUGGAGUUCUGCGUCAUCCCUCCCGACUAGCUCUAGCAGGUCCUAGGCCAAUUCGGCUUGUCCGAGAGAUGCGACUCAGCAAUGGGAAACUCUACAGUGGCACUGGGCCACUGACUGGGGGUUUGGCUGGGCUGGGGGCAGGUAUGGCGACAGGACCUGAUUUGGGCCCAGGGCCACAGAGGCUCUUGGACGAUCCAUUAGGCGCCAACUCUGCCUCUAGUAACCCUCCUCCACCUCCCCCUAUGCCAGCCUUUGAGGCUCCGCCCGCCCCGCCACGCAGCUUCAUGCAGAGCUGCAGUCAUGUCCGCAUCUGCCAGGAGUGCCGGCGGAUCCAAAGUCUGCGGCCAGCCACACUCACCCCUCCCCCACCUCCUCCACCUUCGUCCUCCUCCUCUGCCUCGUCCUGCUCCCGUAUCCCUCCUUCGCUGGCGAUGUCAGGACAUCACCAUCGCCAUAAUCCCCACCACCACCUCCACUACCACCAUGGAUCUAUGUCAUUACCCCGCCUCCCUCCUCCUCCUCCCCCAAUCUCAACAGACAGAGCCGACAGUGAUGGGGGAACAGCAAGCCCACUACGGGGGAAAAACAGACCCGCACCUCCACCCAGGCCGAUGCCUGCCAAAGGACCAACAUACCCACCAACAGACUUACUUGGGGGACACAAUUGUGCUUAAAAACAUUGAGUAAAGACUCAAAAGAUACAUUUUAAAACAUUGAAACUUUUCCUUUGGCCCUAGCAACACAGCUGUACCUGUCCAAACUCCUGAGGAAGAGGAGAGAAGAAACUAUUUGGACCCAUUUGUAGGGUGGAUCCCUCAAAGUGGAGCCUUUGGCUUAGUUCGUACUACAGACCUUUACUGAGUGAUGAUUGAUUCUAAGCCCUCUAACCAGGCAGCGGAGAGGAUUAAAUAAAUUGAACUCUGGAAUUUGCAACUUAAAGCAGUUGCACGAAUAGGCAAACAGAGAAUCAGCGAACAACUUCAGAUUCAGUCCACCAUCUCUUACCUCGGCAAAUCCUCCCACUGCAAGAAUAGAUGACUUUGAGACACAGACAGGUAGAGGUCACGGUUGUUUUUGUUUUCUUUUUUUUUCUUUUUUUUCCAUUUGAAUACUGAAGUAGGUGUUUGUGUAAGAAGAGACCUUCCCGCAGACAAGUGGUAGCAGAGCAGUUGUACAGUAAACAUGGUCUUCUGUCACUCUUUUGGACGUUUAUGGAAGGAGGAUGUAGCUUUUUUUUCCCCACACUGUUUUGCUGUUUGUAAAGAUUCCUGCUGGCUGGUGCUGUGAUCCACAGAGCAAAUAAACAAAAAAGUAAUUACUUGCCUAAAGUGUUCAAAACUGUGCUGAGGUAGUUCUUCUGUUACAUAGAAAAUGUAUCAAGUCAGAAAAAUGCACUGUGAGGCAUCUGAAGGUAAAGGGCUGAGAAGCAACAAGAGUUCAUUAUUUUUCUAAAGAAAACAACAAAAAACAAAGAAAAAAAGUUUGAAAUCUUUGAGAUGUCAUGUUACAUAACUUCAAGAUGUGACAACCAGUUGCAUAGCAACGUUUUUAGGUUUAAAAAAGUAUUAUUUUUAGCAUUGUUUGGGGAGAAGAACAUCACUUAAGGCCUUUGCACUCCACGUCUCAGUUCUUCAGUUUAUGUCAGCAGAGUAAUCAUGCACAUGAAUGUUAUUGUCUAAAAUUAAAUCAAAAAAAUUGAUGUGCAUCAACCAUUCAGAUAUAAAGAACAUGUAACUGUUUCCAGAAGUGUGUGGUCUUCUUUUAGAUGUGCUGAUCCAGUAUUAUCAGCAGCAUGCAUGAAUCAAUCGUGAAGUGGUCACAAACGUUUUUUCAGCUGAAGCCUUCUUUAUGCUUGGUUGGAUGGACCAGCUUUUUACUUAUUUUUCUACUGUAAACGACAACAAAACCGCCUUGACAACAUAGCAUUUCUAUUCUGCCUUGUAUUGUAAAAUUUCCACAAAGGUUUGGUUAAUUAAACCCUUGGGACAACGUUUGCUAACUUUUGGCACUUUCAAAUUUGUUAGAUGGUGGAUUAAGAUAAUAUAAUAUGUGUAGACUUGUGCAAAGGCCUUUUAGUUUGUAGUUUUUAAUUUAGCAUAUAAGGCUAUUUCUAUUAUCAAAUGACAUUGAUGUCACAAAAUGGAUGAGCAGGUGAAUUUAAAAUACACCUCAAGAUGUCACUUUAACAUAUAUUUUUGUACACAUUAGGUUAAUGUAAAAUUCAGAUGUAUAAAAUUUAUACUGAGUCAAGUUAGCAGUUUGAAACUCUCUCUUAGCAUGCUAGGCUAAGUGAGGCUAACAGGAAUGGAAAACUAAUUUCAAGAUGUUCCAGUAAGCAGCCAAACGGGGAAACAUCUCCAGAUCUUAUCUUAGAAAAUUAUCUUUCAUCCAGCUGAAAAAUAUCUGUUUUAUAUAAUUUUAUGUGACACCAAGCUGCUUAAUUAGGUUAAUAGCAGGGUUAUUUCCACGACGUUAGCCAUAGCUUAAAGCUAACUCGACUGUUCCUCUUAAAUACAAAACCUUCAACCAUCAACUUCGACUUAUCAAUUUUUUUAAUAAGGAUGAUUAAGUGGCCACAAUUGGAAUACAAAAUAUAUUAUUCAAGUGCAUUAAAAUUGGAAUAUUAUUCCAGAUGAUAAUCAGAAGAUAGAAUAAUGAAAGUUGUACCAAUUGAGAUUUUUAUCCCCUAAUACUGAUCCAAGUCAUUUAAGAUUGGUAUAUUGGCAAAAACCGAUAGUUAUCGGUAUAUCACCCGACAGCUUAAAAGUCCAAUGAAAUGCAUUAGAUUCAUGGUGUAACUGUGUCUCACCAAUGAGAAUUUAGAUGCUAUAAUAUUUUCUAUUUGUCUUUCUUUUACUGUAGGAUAACUCUUGUAUGUUUCCUCUCUCUGGUUAUGACUUGGUAACUCAGCUCAUAAAACAUUUUUGUGUAAUUUCAGUAAUUCUUGUGCAGACAAACCUUACAGAGCAAGUCCUUCUGCUUCUUAAACUUGGACUUGUUCUUUGAACGUUGUCAGAUCUAACAGCUAAAUGGAGAUGCAUCUGAACACAAAGUGUGGAACGGGUCACAUGACAGAAAUGGGAACUGCUUGUAGUUUAUCUUUCACUGAGUAUCACUGUUAAGGAAGAAACAGUUUAAUUAUGUACUUGGCAUGCAAUGCAGUUUUGCAAUGCAUGCCUGUACAGGUUUGUCAAGGUGUGUUUUUGCACAUAUCAAUCAAGAUAAAACCACUAAACUUACAGCAAUGACUCGGAUGCCCUCAAGGACCGCAAUUUGAUCCUCUGGUCUUAUUGAGUGCUUUUUGUUUGACUGCACAUGAAAUGUUCGUGUUACUAAACUUACCAAUUCAUAUUGGUCAGCUUAGUAAAUGUUUUAAGGUGUAGAUGUGACCAAGCCAAUGCAGCUUUGUUACAAUUUAAAUUUCUAAUGCCAUAUUUUUUUGUUUGUUUUAUGGAUGAAGAAAAUUAAAACACUGAAAACUGUGAUCUUUCAAAUGAUGUUCAAUUAUAAAAAAACACUGAAUUGUUGUGUGCUUUCAGUACUUGGAAUGCUGUCUAUUCACGGUGCAGGAUAUGUGAAUUGUUUUAGUUUUUGUAGAGCAUAUCUAAGAAAUUCAAAAGAAAUGGCAGCUUGGGAAGAAGAAAAGCUCGGCUGCAAUGAUACUUGACACUUGACAUGCCAUUGGCUGGUGUUUGCAAAGCAACAAUCUAGGACUGUCAUCUUCCUUUCCAGCUGUUCCCAUAAGGAAGACCGUGGAUGUUAAGUUGUCCAGUAUCAUGAUAGUAGUAAGGUAUUUGUUGUUUAAACUAUUAAAUUAGGCAUUUAUAAGCAUUAUUAUAAGCAUUAUUAGCAGGGAUCUCAAGUACUUGCAAACUUCAGCUUUUGCCAAGCAGGUUUGGUCCCAAAUCCCAGCAAACACCGAGGAUGCACUGUAAUUUUUGGGGAAUUUUAUUUGUUAAUGUUGCUGAAAAUUUUGCAAACCUAAUGAAAAAUCCAUAGUUGUGUUAAUUAAGACUAUAUGGACCCUUUUACCUCUGAUAAAGAUGCUUGAAAAAGAAAUUUACUGAACAUACAGAUAGUGAAGAACUACCUCAGUGCAGUUCCAUCUGUUUUAGGUCAGUUUAUUCCAUUUAUGCUGUUUUUAGGCUGUUUUUCUGGCUCAAAGGAGCUUGGAAACUUUGUACUGUACACACACCUAAGGACAUGCCUACAUACAAACACAUGCAGAAACACAUUUGACUGUAAACUUGGUGGGCAAACUGAAGCAAAACAACACACUAAAUUUGUGAUUGUAUUUUCAUUGUGUCCAAUUGGAGUGUUACUUGCAAUUUUAUUCUAUUUUUUUAUAUAAUGGAAAUUUUUCUUGAAGAUUCAUUUAUAAUCAUAUUCCCCCGACCCUGGAUCAUCAUAAACAUGUUGGUUAUGAAUAGCAGUUCCACAUGUAAAGGCUUACAGUUGUGUAACUGUGAUUAGAGAAAAAUGAAACAUUGUAUUGAAGAGCAGUGCCUGUACAUUUUUAUUCAUUUUGUGAUUUUAUUUUACUUUUUCAUAUAAACUGUAAUGUCGAGGCAGCAGCAAAAGUGGAUAAUGUUGGUGAAAACCUAACAUUAAGGUAUGUUCAUGCUUGCGUGUGUAAGACUGUGUGCUUGGCUAUCUUUGUGAGAACAAGGUGAGUUCAGGCGUUGAAAGUUUCAGAUCCAGGUCUGAAUGGGGCUCAAGUCAUUGGGAUAACGCAUGUCCUCACAAACUCAGCUAUGCAAGUGUGAACAUUGUUCUGCUGCACAUUUGACUAUGUUCGGGUUUUUGUUUUUGUUUUCCUCCCUCAGAUUUGUACCAGCAGAUUUCAGCUGUUCACACCAGAACAGGGAUGAUAGAAGGAUACUCUUCUGAUGAUUCUGAUGUUAUCAUGAUUAUUAUCAAUAUUGAUGUGUGGGGUGA